AUGACUACCGUCAAUAACACCAAGUCUCGUUCCCCGGGCCUGCCCAUUCCCAACCCGGGGCUCAGCUUCUGGCAGAAAACCACUCGUGCGUUUCCCCAUCUCAACGCCAACAGUGAGACUCCUGUCCCUGCAAGCAGCAAGUACGUGGUUGUCGGGUCCGGUCUAGCCGGCUCUCUCACGGCGUACGAACUGCUCGAGGCGGGCAUAAAAGGCGACGAAGUGGUCAUCUUGGAAGCCCGCGAGGCCGCCAGCGGAGCCAGCGCGAGAAACGCAGGCCACGUGCGACCUGAUGCCUUCCGAGGAUUUCCCAUCUAUGCCGCCCUACAUGGCAUCGACCAGGCGCGAAAGGUGGUCGAGAACGAGCGUCUCGUCCUCCACAAGAUCGACGAGUUCGUCAAAAAGCACAACGUACCGUGCGACUUCAACUUCACCACGACCUUUGACGUGUGCAUGACCCCCGAGUUUGCUACUUAUGAGGCCGCCGCCUACGAUGCUUUCAAGGCCGCCGGAGGCGAUGUGUCUCACGUCAAGGUGUAUGUCGGUGGCGAGGCACAGGCCAAAACCAGGGUUAAGGAUGCGGUCGCCGCCUACGAGUGGCCUGCGGGCUCUAGUCAUCCUGCAAAAUUGACACAGUGGAUUCUCAAUAGCUGCGUUGCCAGAGGUGUGAAGAUCUUCACGCAUUGCCCGGUGUCAAGCAUCACCCGGGCCGGAAGCCAGACGGAAAAGCCUGAUGCUGCGACGUCUUCUUCCUGGGCUCUUCAUACGCCGCGUGGCAUUAUCGUCACGCCGACCGUCAUCCACUGCACCAAUGCGCAUGCGGGCCUCCUGCUGCCCCAGCUCAGCCCCUAUAUCACGCCGACCCGAUCACAGGUAACUGCGAUCACCCCAACGCGUGCGUUUGCGGGCGAAAGCACUCUGAAGAGCACCCUGUCCAUCCGUUACACUAUGAAGUAUUUCCACUCAUUAAUCCAGCGUCAAGGCGACGGCACCUUAAUCUUCGGUGUGUCGCGCGGGAGCCCGGCGUUGAGUGCGCAGGCGGUCGCCCAGCUGGAGACCACGGACGACAGCAGCUUCUCCCGCGAGAUUCUGCAGGAAUCCGAGCGUGCCUGGCGUCGCAUAUUCCCCGACUACUCCCGUUAUGGCGUCAAGCACGGCGAGGGUCUGGACCACGUGUGGACUGGUAUCAUCGCCAUGACCGCAGACCAUGUGCCUUUCGUCGGUGCGGUAGAGUCGCUACCUGGGCAGUAUGUCUGCACCGGUUUCAAUGGACACGGGAUGGCUCGUAUCUUCACAUGUGCUCCCGGAAUCGUCAAGUUGAUUCUUGGAGGUCAAUGGAGUGAAACAGGCCUCCCCGAAUGCUUCCAGAUGAGCGAAUCAAGGCUGGCUGGCUUGGGGCGACAGGAAACCGAGCCCGUGGAUCAGGUAUGGCAAACCGCAACGAGUGCGGUUGCAGUGUUGUAA